ACUCUCGAACCACAGUCAGAGGCCAGUAAACGGCUCGGUGACCUAGCAGGCCGCAUCUUCGACGGCCAGCCUCACGAGGAACUCGACAAUGGCAAGUUCAUGUUGAUGUGGGUCCUUGUGUUCGUUUCGUGUUGGUCGUAUGCCUUGCACAUGGCGGUGUUCAGGACCACCGUGGCUGGUGCUGUUGCUCACUGGUAUUUCCACCGCAACGACGCGGAUAACGCAGGUACUGGCAUCAAUUCGGCCGGAUGGUACUUCGGCCGCCCAGUCAUUUACUCGAUGUGCAGGGUUUACCGGUACCACUGGGGCACCAUGGUCUUCGGCUCUUUUAUCAUCGCUCUGGCCACGAUGCCCAGGCUGAUUCUGGAGUACCUGCUGUCCCAGACGGGCGACGCCGAGGACGCCAACGCCAUCACGCGGUGCUUGGUCUGGUGCGUCAGGUGCUUCCACGGUGGCGGAUACUGCCUCGAGAAGUGCGUGAAAGCCAUGACGGACCUGGCCUUCGUCAACGUCGCCAUCAGCGGCCGCAACUUGUGCGCGGCCGGGGCCAGGACCGACGGUCGAGCUGCUCGCGAAGUACCCCGUGCAGAUGCUGAUGGACAAGAUGGCCAGCGUCGCGCUGAAGGUGCUCGCCUGCCUGCUCGUGCCGUCGAUGUUGGUGGUGGCAUCCUUCGUGAUGGUGCCGAAGGCCGAAGCUGGGGGAAUAUGCGCCCUCGUGGUGGCGUGCAACUCGGUGCUCAUCACCAGGACGGCUGCCAGCGUUGACGACG